AUGACAUUGCGGGCCGCCUUUGAAGCAGCCAAGGUUGGAUUUCCAGACCAAGACUUCACGAUAGAUAUUUUGCUGACGGAUUCCAAUGCUGAGGUGCUGCCAGGGGCGCUGCAUGCAGAUCAGAGAAUAUCUGUGGUUGUCAGCAUAAUUCUCCCGGGGCCAGCUGUGCCAGCGUGGGUGGGCCAAAAUCCCUCGCUGACUGUUGGGAACUCGGACAAGUUUCUCUUGGGAGCGAAAUGGAGCGAAGAGGGUGCACAAAAUGAUGUCAAGGAGUGGGAGCAGAUGGUCUGGGUCGAGAAGCAGCUCAAGGCGUCGGAGGCUACGUGGCAGGUGAUUGCCGCCAGGCCUCAGAAGUAA